GCGGCGUAUCGGCAACGUGACCGGUGGCCGAGUAUCUUUGAAUGCUGUCCUCUGGCUCGGUAAGAAGAAUGUUGGUCCACCAAAGCUCAGUUGGAAAAGAUUCCGUGUAGUUACAGCUGUAGCACCCCCCUUUGUAAUGCUAACAACAAGAAUCUACAAUGAUUCCUGCCUAGUUGGACUGCCAUGUUUACAAGUGAAGACGAAAGUGAAAGCAGAACUGUCCCGUAUUUUCUCGGAUUAUCGUGCUGGUCGACUUCUGGAGUACAUUGAUUACAACAUUACAUGCUGUGCUGGAAUUUCCAUAGAUCUUCUGAUAUCCCUCUCCGAAGACCUCGGCUUCACCUUCGAUCUCUAUCUCGUAGCAGACGGUUUCUUCGGCACACGAAGAGGAAAUCGCUGGAACGGCAUGACAUUGGACUUACAGACGGGUGCAGCGUACAUGGCCUUCUCUGCGUUCAGCUUGACUAGUGAGCGAGCCCGGGUCAUCGAUUAUUCCGUCCCCUUCUAUCACUCUGGAGUGUCCUGUCUCACCUAUUUCCAAGACAGAGAUGUUCCACUUUCAGCCUUUCUUAUACCCUUCAGUCCGGAAUUGUGGAUUGCCAUCUUUGGCUGCCUGCACGUAACAUCGUUGUUCGCUGCAAUCUAUGAGUGGCGUUCUCCCUUCGGUCUCAAUCCAUGGGGAAGAAUGCGAAGCAAAAACUUUUCAUUAUCAUCUGCAUUGUGGGUUAUGUGGUCUCUACUUUUCUCUCACCUGGUCGCCUUUAAGGCACCCAAAUCAUGGCCGAACAAAGUGUUGAUCAACUUGUGGGGCUGCUUUAGUGUCAUCUUCGUAUCUUCAUACACUGCUAAUAUCGCUGCGCAUUUCGCGGGUCUCUUUUUUCAUCUGAGAGUCGAUGACUUCCAUGACGUUGGCCUCCUGAAUCAGAGGACAGGAACGGCAAAAGGAAGCGCUUCGGAAUCAUAUAUAUUCGCUCAAAAUCCCCAACUGUGGCAGCAUAUCCAGAAGUAUGGUUACGACGAUCUUGAAAAAGGACUAGAGAAACUAAGGAACAAAGAACUGGACAUGCUGAUUGGGGAUACCAUAGUUCUAGAUUACAUCAGAGGCAACGAUCCGGGAUGCAGCCUUCACUUGUUGGGACAAUCUUUAUUUGAUGACGCGUAUGCGGUGGGCAUGCAGAAAGGCUUUUCACUUAAAAAACGCAUUUCGACAUUGAUUUUGAGAUACAACGAGUACGGUUACAUGGAACAACUCCAGAAGAAAUGGUUCGGACGAGUGCCUUGUUUCAACCAUUCCCUGCAUCGACUGAACAAGCCUAAACCACUGAGUUUAAAAGCCGUUGCCGGAGUCUUCAUCAUGCUGGUCAUUGGAUUGUUGGUUGGCAUUUUCAUCCUGGUCAUUGAACACGCUGUCUUUAAAUAUGCCUUACCUGAACUACGGAAGAUGCCACCCGACCGCUUCUGGAGAAGUCGAAACGUUAUGUUCUUCAGUCAGAAAGCUAAGGAAGAUGCCAGGAGAAGGAAAAGUAAAUCACAAUUUUUCGAAAUGAUACAAGAAAUCAGAAAAAUGGUCAAGUUGCAGAAAGAAAACCCAGAUGCAAUCAUCGGUAUUCAGUCUCAACAUCUAACACAAGACAUGGUGUCACCUAUAUGUUCCCCCAUGGAUACUCAGCGUCUUCUGUUUGCACCACAGAGCACAUCCACCCCUCCCAAACUACGAACUUCCUGGGAUUUGUACAAGAGAGGACCAUCCCUCUUCGGAUCUACUAAGUACACCCAUCUCCAGCAGUACGAUGAUCCGGGCCCCAGACGAUUCAACCCAAACUGUGACUCACCACAUCUGAACCGCAGACCACACGACCUCUUGAGAAACGACUCGCUACUAGAGGAAAUGAGUUCUUCAGGUGGUGAAGAUCAACCUGCCUUUGACGCAACCGUCCUCAGCAUCAGCGUCGAGGACCUCAGGUUGGCACUAGACUCUCACUCGACAAACUUACUCAACUCGUUUCGGAAAUGCAGGUCUUUGGACGAUAUCCUUUGGAAGAAAAAGUACCAGCACAGCCCAAGGAGAAAAUUUCCGAUGAAGUCCGAGCCAAGAAUGUCGAUUAAAAAACUGCUGGAAGUGGACGAUCUGCUGCUGUAUUCCAUGAGCAAGGAGAAGAUCAUAAGAUCGUGGAAAUCAGCUGAAAGGAGACUACUAAACAGGCUUAGGGACGCUAUGAAAGAGAAGAGGGAACUUGAAAGAAAGCUUGCUUUUAUACAAAAAACUUUAGUUAAGCCUCCUUGAAUUUAAAUCACUUCUUCUGAUGUGUCUUAUUCCCCAAUUAUUAAAAAAAAAAAAAGUUUACGCCCAGUGUUAAAAUGGCAACGAAUGUGUCAGAAGGAAUUCUAGACUUAAGAAUUUUUUUCACGAUAUCUUCUUACAAGUAAUAGUUUACUAGCCGUGAAGAAAAGAAGAA